AUGUCCUUUGACAAGCCGUACCCCCUCACACCGGCACAGGAAGCCUCGUUCGCCGCGGACGGCUUCCUCAUCCUCUCCGACGUCCUCAACCCAGCCGAGGUCACAGACCUGCAGGCCUGGGCUAGGGAGGUGCACACCUGGCCGUCGCGCAAGGGCGAGCACAUGCCCUACACCGAGGUGAGGGCCGAUGGGAGCGUAGGCCUUUGCCGCACCGAGAACUAUGCCAACUACCACUCUGGCUUCAACGGCCUCUUCCGCGGUGAACGUCUCACGGGGAUUCUCUCCAAGCUUAUGGGCGAGCCGGCCGUCCUGUUCAAGGAGAAGAUCAACUACAAGGAGCCUGGGGGUAGUGGUGGCUUCGACGCGCACAUCGAUGCUGCGGCGUACAACCACGCCGGUGCUGUCAAGCACACCACGUUCCUCAUGGCCGUCGACGCGAUGGACCUGACCAACGGGUGCCUCGAGGUCGUGGUCGGGAGCCACACACAAGAAAUCCCCCUCGCAGCCAACCGGUGCAUCGACCCCGAGUGGGAGGCCAAGGCGACCUGGACGCCCGUCCCGCUACCGGCAGGCGCGCUCCUCGUCUUUGGGAGCUACCUCGCACACCGGUCCGGGCCGAACUCCUCCCCGCGCGCCAGGGCAGCCAUCUACGCGACGUACAACGGCGUCUCGGAGGGCGACAAGCACGACAGCUACUAUGCGCACCGGCGCGCCGCUUGGCCGCCAAGCGACGAGCGCGUCCCGGGCGUAGACUACACCGAGGGCGCGCUGACGUACGCCUACGGCUCGCCCAUGACCGGCGGGGUGGCGCUCAUCGACAGCAAGCUCGCGGGCGACAAGGUCGACGGCGUCAUCCGCCUGAUGAAGGCGCAAGGCGAGGCCGAUUACAUCGGCGAGAAGAUCAGCCAGCUCGAGCACGCUCUCCAGGCCGCGCAUUCCGCGCGCACGUCGGGGGCGAACGAGCCGACGGUCGUCGCGGCCCUCUUGCACGAUAUUGGCCAGUUCGUGCGCUCCGACGAGGCCAUGAUGGUCAACGGCGCCUCGGUGGGCAACAAGGGGCACGAGGCGCUCGGCGCGGCGUACCUCGCCUCACUGGGCUUCCCGGGCAGCGUAACGCAGCUCGUCGGCGCGCACGUCGUCGCGAAGAGAUACCUCACUGCCACUAGGCCGGGGUAUCUCGACGCGCUGAGCACCGCGUCCAAGAUGAGCCUCACGUGCCAGGGCGGACCGUUCACACCUGCCGAGGUGGCUGCGUUCGAGGCCGACCCCCUCGCCAAGGAGAAGGUCGCGCUCAGGCUGUGGGACGACGGCGCGAAGGUCGUCGGCGCCGACGUGCCGCCGCUGGAGAGUUAUCAUGAGAUGAUGGUUAGGGUGCUCGUCAAGCAGGACAGGCGUUAGAUGCAGCUCAGUGAUACCGAAUGGUAUACUUGGCGAGUCAUUGAUUGGUAUUGUUGUGGUUGACUGAUCAAUAUGGACGUCGACCACACGUCAUGGAGAAGCGAGCGAGCGCCGGCGAACGCCGGGGUGUGCCGGCCCGAACUCUCCGGCAGCGGCUGGCGGAAAGACCCGCAGACAGAUGCGAG